UAACCUCAAAGUAUUGUUUCUAUAAAAACAAAUUAGAUCUAAAUCUUUGAACUAUUCUAAGGAGUAUCACUUAAUAUUAAAGUAAUCUCUAUUAUUCAGUGGCCCUUUAUUACCUACACAGGAAAUCUUUGGAAGUGAAUAUCAGUUCCAAAUAACUUUAAACUAUGUCGACGGAUGUCAACGCAAAAAAUAUUGAAAAUGCUUGUGAAACAGCCGAAGAGUUUACAAGGGUAUUCUACAAACAAGUUGAUAAUAGUAGACAUUUAACGUCCAAACUAUAUCUACAGACAGGGCUGCUAGUUUGGAAUGGUAAUGGAAUAAAUGGAAGUGAUAAUAUUCAGAAGUUUCUGAUGGAUUUACCUGCCAGCAAUCAUGUUCUGAAAACAUUAGACGCUCAGCCCAUAUCAGAGAAUCUGGGAUACAACAAGCUGACUUACCUAAUACAAGCCUGUGGUGAUGUAACAUAUCAAAAUGAUGAUGUCAAGAAACCAUUUCAACAAACUUUUUUAAUUGUGGCAGUAGAUGGAAAAUGGAAGAUAGCUUCAGAUUGCUUCAGAUUACAAGUACCAUACAGCAGUUAACAAGCAACACUCUCACUUG